ACGGUUGCGCGGUUGUGCUUCCCUGGACAAACAAAACAAAACAAACAGGCGUCUCCGUCUGCUGUGGCCGGCAUCGGCACCUUGCACUUCCUUGUCAAUUCCCAUCGGUUUCCUUGCUCUGGGGCGCCUCAUUCACCUCAUUGACGCCUGUUCCUUGAUCCAAGUGCCGCGCUACCACGCAAAUUGCCAUUUGUUCCAUUUGGUCUCAGGGUCCAGGGAAAAUUAUCUGCGAAUAGAUUGUUUGACAGUUGUUUGACAGCUGCGACAGCAACUAUGGCACUACACGAACGUGACCUUUUCACUAAUCUUUGCAAUGCGAAUAAAAUACCAGUUGACCAGAACGUUUUAAGAGCUUUAUCUAACAACAGCUUGGCAUCUCUUGAUUUGUCUGGCUUCAGCUUGACGAAAGAAACAUGUGAAAUAUUAUCAAAAGUCCUUUUAAAUUCCACAUCUUUUCUAAAUCUCAUCUUUACUGAUUGUUUACUGCCCCCUCGAGGACUUUCAUACAUUCUCAAAAGCUUGUCUCAUGUAUCCUGCCUUACAUCAGUGGACUUAAAGGGAAACAACAUAUCAGGCAAUAGUAUAAGCAAAUUGGGUCAGAUGGUUUCAAGUAACUCAUCAAUUAAAAAACUUAAUCUUGAAUGGAACAGCCUGGGUCUCUUUCCUGACUCUUUUAAGGACUUUUGCUUAGGACUUGCAAAGAACACUUGUCUAGAAAUUCUUGAUCUACAAAACAAUCGUCUUAACCCAGAGUGUGCAUCAAUGUUGAGCAAUGCCCUCACUUCCAAUACUGCUCUAAAAUCUCUUGAUAUUCGUUGGAAUGAAAUAGGGUGGCAGGGUGGACAGUACAUUUAUGAAGCAAUGCAAAAUAAUAAUUCAUUAGACAAUGUUCAGCUCCAAGGCAAUUGUAUAACUGGAGAUAUUCUCCAAGCUAUAGAGCAAUGUGCCACCCACAACCUUUCCCGCCACAAAGUUAUGCAAGAGUGCUCUGUUCGAAAUAAUCUCCUUGCAAAGCAUGUAAGACGAAUUGAAGCUAAGCGCUCCCUUGAGAUUGAGAGUCUUGCUAAACAGAAUGAGGAGAUAAUCAAAGAAACAGAAAUAAGGCUCAGCAGUGUUGAAGAUGUUCUUAAUGAAAAGAAUGCAGCAUUGGCAAAUGCACAAGUACAAAUAAAAUCCCUGCAAACCGAAUUAAGGAAACUGGAAAACACAAAUGAAGAACUUCAAAGCCUUGUCGGCGAUGAGGAAGAGAAAAGGAAAUGUCAAGCAGAGAAGCAUCAAGCAGAAUUGGAAAAGCUUAAAAAAAAACACAGUGAGGAUUUUGAUCUUAUGUCAGAGCAGCUUCUGUCCAUGGAGAACGAUUUAUCUGUUGAAAAGUCGAAAGUGUCUGAAUUGAGUAAGAAACUGAUGGUUACAGAAGAUGAAGUUCGUAGGCUGCAAGAAAAUCUAAACGGCCUGUUGGAAAUAGAGCGGAAGAGACAUAGAGAAAACAUGGAAUCAACUAUUAGAGACAGUGAGGGAAAACUUGAGAGGGCUCAGAAAGAUUUUGAUGAGAAAAUGAGAACUUACAAAUCAGAUGCCCAUCACAACCAUCAACGUUUGACAGAGCGCAUAACAUCACUUGAGGCUAAUAUUUUUGAUCUUGAAAGAAAAUUGUCGGAGCAGUCUUCUCAUGCUGCACAUAUGUCCCAGGAAUUAGCACGAUCAGCAGAGAUAACUGCUCUAGCAGUUCAAGAGGCUAGAGAGAAAGAAAUGGCUAGAAUUAAAGUAGUUGAAGAAAACUUUGAAGCUGCCCGAGAUGGAAGGCUAAGAGCAGAGAAACAAUUGGAAACAGUCCAGCAUAACUUGAGCCAAGUACAGGAACAGAAUAGUAGCUUAAUUGCAGAGCUGGGAGAACCUCAAAGGAAAUUAACAUUGCUGCAUGAGGAGCUUAGUCGAGAACGAGAGAUUGUGUCUCGAUUAAGAGUGGAGAAAAAUGAAGAGGUAGCUCGAGCUGACAGUCGCAAAGCUGAUGUUGAUCGUUUACAGCUUGAACUUACCAACCUUAACAGACAAAUGGCAGACAUACGGAGUCACAAUGCAGCUAAUGAAGAAAAGUGGAAAGAGGAGAGAACUAAACUACAAGUAGAUCUCCUUCAUAAAGAAAAGGAGAUUCAGAGAAUGAGGACUGAAGAAAUAGAGAGAGCAGGAGCUUUGUACUCGGCUUUCACUAAGUAUCUUGGAAAUGUACACCCCUCCACAACAUCCUUUUGAAAAACUAGAGUGCUAGUUUAUUUUCUAGUUUGAGUGGUUUGCUUUGUGCACUGUGUGGCGUGGCUCACCAAACCUGAUUGCAAUUAGUGUAACUGAGUUCAAACUAGUUUGAGGUCUCUUUCAAUAAAAUAUAAAAAAAACUUGACUCACCAAAUAAUUUUUUUACUUUGCACUUUAUUAAUAAAUUUACAGACUGUUUUAUAUAA